AAUCCUUCCAUCCCACUUCCCGCUUUCCCACAAUCCAUCGCCGCGCGGAGGAGUCAGAAGGGCCUUGCCGAAGAUGUACCACACAGAAAGGGCCCAGCUAGUACUCCCGCUCAACAUAAAUAAGCUAGGUCCCCUCUUUCUCAAUUCUCCCGCUCAAUCUCUCACCCCCUCUCUCAACUCCAAAACAAAGAUUCCUCAAUUCAACCCCCUUAGCUAUCCACCCCUCACACACGGCUUUCCAAAAUAACAGAAAAAUGACCACCACCACCACCACCACCACCACCACCAACUCUGCCCCCACAAGCACACCCACCCUCCCUCUCCCAGGCGCCUGCGCCUGCGGCACCAUCCGCUUCCACCUCACGCGCGCGCCCCUCUUCACCCACUGCUGCCACUGCACGCGCUGCCAGCGCGAGACAGGCACCGCCUUCGCCCUCAACGCGCUCGUCGAGCGCGCGCACCUCGCGCUGCUCUCGCCGACGCGCCCCGUCGGCGUCCCCGUGCCCUCGGACAGCGGCGCCGGCCAGACCAUCUUCCGCUGCCCGGCGUGCUACGGCCCCGUGUGGAGCGUGUACGGCGACGGCGCGAACAAGAUCGCGUAUGUGCGCGCGGGGACGCUGGAGGGCCGGGAGGUGAGGCCGGAUAUUCAUAUUUACACGCGGAGUAAGAGGGGGUGGGUGGGAUUUGGGGACGAGGGGGUCCCGGCGGUGGAGGGGUAUUAUGAUAAUAGGGAGUACUGGCCGGAGGCGAGUUUGGAGAGGUUGAGGAUACUGAGGGAGGAGGGGAAGGCGGUUGGGGAGGCGGUCGGAGAGAGUGGUGCUUGAAGUGGUGGUGUUUUCGCGUCGUGGGAGAUUAAGUGCGGCUAUACAAUACGACUACCCAUCCCCUAUCGCAUUGUUCUUGUCGAUGGAUAUCAUGCACGAUCUAGCAUUCUCCUUUCGGGCUCGUGAUAGCUCGAUAAGCGCUAACUGAAAUUCUCUUGAGGUCGCGAUAUGUAGCUUGUGUGUUGAAAGGUGUUCAGACAAAGGGUAGAGGUCUUCGAGAGUGAAGAUGUAUUCUAGUAGUAUCAAUGGGGCCAGUUUUCAAGGGAGGAGUGGUUAGGACCAAUCAUGUCAUGAGAUGCAGUGUAAUAAGCCCGUACCAUCAUGGAUCUACUC